AACGUUCAUCACCUUUCCCCUGUUUUUGAACCUUCAAUUCACCCAAUCCUACGACAAUCUUCCCCCUUCAAGCCUCUGCAAACCUGCUUUCAUCUUGAUAAUUCAAGCUCAAAAACCCGAAUUAAUAACCAAAUCAAAUCCUGGGUUUCCUUUUCAACACCUCCAAUUCCCAUUUUGUCAAUCUGAAACAACAAUUCAGAGUGGCGGAAUGGAGUAUUUCCAGAGGGCAAAAGCCGUCCGGCUACGGAGCCACCACCGGAAGUACCUAUUAGCAGAUGACGACGGCGAACACGUGAUCCAAGACCGGCAAGGCACAUUCAAGAACGCGAGAUGGAAGGUUGAAUUCGACGAUAAAUACGACAAUGUGAUCAGGUUAAAAUCGUGUUUUGGCCGGUAUCUCACCGCUUCCGAAGAUCCACACAUCCUCGGCGUCACCGGUCAAAAAGUCAUUCAAAGUGUUCCCCGGAAAAUUAAUUCCUCCGUCGAAUGGGAACCGAUUCUAGAAGCUUCAAAAGUCCGGCUCAAAACCCGAUACGGGAAUUAUCUACGAGCUAACGGCGGAGUUCCUCCAUGGAGAAAUUCGAUUACACAUGAUAUUCCUCAUCGGCAUCGCAAUUGGAUCUUAUGGGAUGUUGAAAUCGUUGAAAUUAGGCUUCAUCCACCAAAACGGAAAUCAGAUCCGUCCUUGGAUCUCGAUCUGGAUAGUUCAUCUUUUCAUCUCCUAUCCUGCCCCUUCCCUAUGGGGAGCGAUCCGAAUUCCGGGAAUUCGAAGAACGAAGGGAGGAUGAUUUAUUACAAAUUGGUGGAUGAUGAUGGCGAGAUUUAUGAUGAGGAAGGAUCGUUUCUGUUUAAGGGUAACACUAUAGAGGACUUGACUCAAAAUUUGGAGGAAGAAACAGAACUGGAGAAUAUUACUGUGUGUUCACGCAACCCUUUGAACGGCAGACUUUAUCCCCUCCGGCUAGCUCUGCCGCCGAAUAACACAACGCUGAAUAUUAUUGUAGUUCCUGAAACCUCCAAAGCUGCAAAGGAUUUCCAGACGAUUUAACCAUGGUGAUUGCAGGCUACUAAUAUAUCUGCAUAUGUGAUGUGUUUAUAUCGAAGAUAGACAUGAAUGAAAGCAAAUCGCAUAUGUGAUGGGUUUAUAUCGAAGAUAGACAUGAAUGAAAGCAAAUCGUUUGAAACCAAGAGUGAUUCCUAGCUAAAAACACAAUGAUUCAUUCGUGGAAACUUUGAUCCAAAUCAAAUUUUGUAACAUCAAACGCAUUUGAUUUCGUUUUUUAGAAACUAAUCGUAUAACUUGUGUUAACUGUCUUCUUUCCCCGAUAAGCAUUU